AUGAUAAAUAAACGACACAACAAGAGUUUAUUUAUACAUAAUGAAAGGAAUAAUCCGAACAUGAAUAACAUUUUUAACAGAAAAGAUAUGUCCACUUUAAAAAAAUGUCACAUGAAGGGAAAAUUCAAUACAUUUCCCCUUUUGUUCAAAGCAAUUACUUGCGCUGUUUUGAUAUGGGUCACGCAAUCGCCUGAAGGGUCCCGGGAGGAUGAUUCGCACGAAUCAUGGAACAACCAGAAUAGCCAGUUAUACAAGGAACUAGAUGUGGCCUUCACAAGAUCAUUAGCAGAAAAUGAUGAUAUGAAUGAAUUUUAUUUUACAGCGACGAAAAAUGAUGUCUUAGAAAAUGAACCCAGUGAAAACUACUUACAUGAAACUUCCACGGGAAUUUCGGAAAGUGAUUAUGCAGAAAUUAGUAAAAUUAUCAUGGACCAGUUACAGAAGGAAGAAGAGAAAAAGGAAAGUAAUAUGGGAAAUCUUCGAAAGAGAGCACAGGGUGUGGAGGAAGAUGGUAAUGUAGAAGAAAGCAUCGAAUCAGUGUGGAGCACAUUGAGCAAUGUGGAAGAAGGAGAAGAAUCUACUACGCCCACAUUUGAUCAUGUGAAGGACAACGUAGAAGAAGUAGGGGGAUUAGAAGGAGCAGCCGAAUCUGCUUCCACUGUAUUUGAUAGUGCAGAGGGAAGCGAAGAAGAAUCUCUUUCCAUAUUGGAUAAUGUGUUGAAGGAGGCGGAAGCAACGAUAGAAUCAGGUAGCAGCCUAUCUGAUAACGUGACACAGGGUAUAGAAGAACCAACCACUCCCACAUUCGAUGAGAUAGUGGAAAGUAUAGAAGAAGAAAAGGUUGAAGAAGCGGGUGUCCCAUUAAGUGAUAAUGUGGAGAACAAUGUUGUGGAACCAGUAGAUGAGGUUGUAGAGGAAGCUGUACAAGAAGCUGCGGACGAGAUCCUAGAGGAGGAAGAGGAGAAAAAUAAAGAAUCUUCCGGCGUAGUCGCAGAGGAGCCAGCACAGGAGGCAGCAGAUGAAUAUGUCCAGGAGGCUGUGGAAGUUGUACAGGAAGCUGCAGAUGAGGUGAUAGAAGAUGAAGAAAAAAUAGAAGAGCCCCUAGAGAUAUCCGCAGAAGAACCUGUAGAAGAGGUCCUGCAAGAAACUACAGAAGAAGUACUAGUAGAAAAGGAGGAAGUGAAUGAAAAUAUAUUAAACCUAUUAGAAGAAAUAAAGGAAAGCAUAAUAGAUAAAUUAGAAGUAAAUGAGGAAUCGAACGAAUCUUUAUUUGGAGGUGUAGAAGAUGCGGCCCAGGAGGUUGUCGAGGAAGCUGCAAACACUAGUACAGAAGCUCAUGCAGUUGAAACUGUUGAAGAGGAAAAUGCAAAUGGUACUACCAACGUUAGUGAAGAAGGAAUUCUAGAAUUAAAUGCCGACGCCGUUGAUGAUACAACCGAGAGCAUGGCAGAGAAAACUUUCGAAGAAGAUAUAUUGAAAAAUUUAGAAGAAAAUAAAGAGGCAAAUGAGAACCAAUUAGAAGAUUUAAAAGAAAUGAAGGAAGAAUUAUUAGACUAUGUAGAACAAAAUGUGGACGACAACGAAAACUUGAUAGUGGAUAUACUGAAAAAUUUUGAAAAAAACACGGAAGUGAAUGAAAGCGUAUUGGAAGAUUUAGAAGAAAUAAAAGAAGAUAUGCUGAUGAAUAUUCAAAUGGCCGAGGAAACUACGGAAGAGGUGUCUGACACUUUUCAAGAAAGUGCAGAAGAGGUAGCUGCAGAAGAAAACAUUUUUGAUGUUAUAGAAGAAAUAAAAGAAAAGGUAAUGGAGAAUCUGGAAGAAACUACAACCGAAAGUGUAGCCGAGGGCACGGAUGAAAAUGCAUUAGAUGUUUUAAAAGAAGUGCAGGAAAGCUUGUUUGAAAACUUUGAGCAGAAGAUAGAAGCUAACGAAAAUAUUUUGGGAAGUGUAUUAGAGAAUUUACAAGAAAAAGUAGAGUUAAAUGAAAAUGUGUUAGAAGACGUCCUGGCGGAAAUGAAGGAGGAAGCUGUCAGUCAGCAGGAAACUGCGGAAGAAACUAUUGAGGAACCCGUAGUAGAAACUAUUGAGGAACCCGUAGUAGAAACUAUUGCGGAACCCGUAGUAGAAACCAUUGAAGAACCAGUAGUAGAAACUAUUGAGGAACCAGUAGUAGAAACUAUUGAGGAACCCGUAGUAGAAAAUAUUGAAGAACCAGUAGUAGAAAAUAUUGAAGAACCAGUAGUAGAAACCAUUGAAGAACCAGUAGUAGAAACUAUUGAGGAACCAGUAGUAGAAACUAUUGAGGAACCAGUAGUAGAAACUAUUGAGGAACCAGUAGUAGAAACUAUUGAAGAACCAGUAGUAGAAACUAUUGAGGUACCCGUAGUAGAAAAUAUUGAAGAACCAGUAGUAGAAAAUAUUGAAGAACCAGUAGUAGAAAAUAUUGAAGAACCAGUAGUAGAAAAUAUUGAAGAACCAGUAGUAGAAAAUAUUGAGGUACCCGUAGUAGAAACUAUUGAGGAACCUGUAGUAGAAAAUAUUGAAGAACCAGUAGUAGAAAAUAUUGAAGAACCAGUAGUAGAAACUAUUGAAGAACCAGUAGUAGAAAAUAUUGAAGAACCAGUAGUAGAAAAUAUUGAAGAACCCGUAGUAGAAAAUAUUGAAGAACCAGUAGUAGAAACUAUUGAGGAACCCGUAGUAGAAACUAUUGAAGAACCAGUAGUAGAAACUAUUGAGGAACCAGUAGUAGAAACUAUUGAGGAACCCGUAGUAGAAACUAUUGAAGAACCCGUAGUAGAAACUAUUGAAGAACCAGUAGUUGAGGCUAUUGAAGAACCAGUAGUUGAGGCUAUUGAAGAACCAGUAGUUGAGGCUAUUGAAGAACCAGUAGUUGAGGCUAUUGAAGAGCCCGUAGUAGAAAAUAUUGAGGUACCCGUAGUAGAAAAUAUUGAGGUACCCGUAGUAGAAACUAUUGAGGAACCCGUAGUAGAAAAUAUUGAAGAACCCGUAGUAGAAACUAUGGAAGAACCAGUAGUAGAAACUAUUGAGGACCCCGUAGUAGAAACUAUUGAGGAACCAGUAGUAGAAACUAUUGAGGUACCCGUAGUAGAAAAUAUUGAAGAACCAGUAGUAGAAACUAUUGAGGUACCCGUAGUAGAAAAUAUUGAAGAACCAGUAGUAGAAACUAUUGAAGAACCAGUAGUAGAAACUAUUGAAGAACCAGUAGUAGAAAAUAUUGAAGAACCAGUAGUAGAAACUAUUGAAGAACCCGUAGUAGAAAAUAUUGAGGUACCCGUAGUAGAAAAUAUUGAGGUACCCGUAGUAGAAACCAUUGAAGAACCAGUAGUAGAAACUAUUGAGGAACCCGUAGUAGAAACUAUUGCGGAACCCGUAGUAGAAACCAUUGAAGAACCAGUAGUAGAAACUAUUGAGGAACCAGUAGUAGAAACUAUUGAGGAACCAGUAGUAGAAACUAUUGAGGAACCCGUAGUAGAAAAUAUUGAAGAACCAGUAGUAGAAAAUAUUGAAGAACCAGUAGUAGAAACUAUUGAGGAACCCGUAGUAGAAACUAUUGAAGAACCAGUAGUAGAAACUAUUGAGGAACCAGUAGUAGAAACUAUUGAGGAACCAGUAGUAGAAACUAUUGAGGUACCCGUAGUAGAAAAUAUUGAGGUACCCGUAGUAGAAACCAUUGAGGAACCCGUAGUAGAAACCAUUGAGGAGCCUGUAGUUGAAGUAGCAGAAGAAGUUGAGGCAAAUAUUGUGGAAGAAUCUACUAUAGAAUCCGUGGAAGAUGCAUUUGAAAAAAUUAUAGAAGACACUGCAGAGAUAAUAGUUGAAGAAUCCGUACAAGAAACAGCAGAGGAAAUUUUAGAAGAAGUUACACAAGCUGUAAUGGAAGAGGCCACAGAAACUGUAGAAACUGUAGAUGUAGUAACGGAAGAAUCUGUAGCGGAAAAAAUUGAAGAUAUUGCACAGGAAAUUUCUGCUGAACCUAUACAGGUAACUAUUGAAGAUAUUGUAGAAGAAACUGUAGAAACCGUCGAAGAAAACAUAGAAGCUGUGGAAGAGGCUAUUAAAGAUAUUGUAGAGGAGGCUGCCGAAGGAACUCCAGAGUUGUCUGUAGAUGAAAUAAUAGAAGAUGUUAUUGUAGAAGCUGUAGAAGCGGUUCAACCAGAAGAAGAUACCAAGGAAGAAGCAGAAGAAACUAUAAAAGAUAUUGUACUAGAAACUCCACAAGACACUUCAGAAGAAACUGUGGAAGCAGUUGUAGAACACACUGUAGAAGAUAACGUGGAAGAAGCGAUAGAAAACAUUUUGAACACCCCUGCCGAGAAAACUACAGAAGAGUCCGAAGAAAGCGUAGUAGAUAAUUUAGGAGUAAAAGUAGAAGAGGUACUUGAUGUACAAGUACCAGAAGUAGACCAGGAUUCUGCACAAGAUGUAGUAAUGGGAGUAAGCGAAAAAGAAAGUGAGGAAGGGCAACAGAUCGAAUCACCAUUGCUUGAAGUUGAGGAUGACAUUAAAAAAAAAGUUUUGGAUAUAAUCUCUGGAAAUGUCGAGGAGGAGGGUGAUGAGGACUAUGAAGACAUUGAGGAUGAAGAAGAUGAUGAUGAGGAGGAGGAGAAAAAAAAUGAGGACGAAAAAAUGGAAAAACCAGUAGAAGUCGUUGUAUUAGAGGAUGCUACGGAAGUUGGUAAAGAAGAGGCAGUAGAUGAAGUAGUCGGUGUUGUCCAACAUCCUGAAGAGGAUGGAACACAGAUAGAACAGGAUCCUCUAAUAUUGACGCAGGAUCAGGAGGAGGCCGAAAAAAUUAUACGUGAAAUGCUUAGCGGCCUCAAAGAGGUUGAAGAUAAGGAAGAAUCCGUUUUGGAGAAAAAUGAUGAGGGAGGCGACCAGAUGGUUGAAAAAAAUACGCAACAAAAGGAGGAAGAGGAAGAAGAAACUACAGAGGAAGAGGACGACGAUGAUGAGUCAGAGGAGGAUGACGACGAAGAAGAGGAUGAAGAAGAAGAUGGAGAAGGGGAAAGUGAAGUAGAUGUGGAGGAAGACGCGAAAGAACAUCUAGGAAAUGGACAAUUAGACGCACAGAAAAAUCUUCUGAAUAUGCUUUCCGCAAAUGGAUUAUUUCAUCCAAGUAUGUUAGGAAAUUUAAAACAGUUAGAAGCAUUGCAGAAAAGCAUACCUGGCUUAAUGGGAAAGACCAAGGGCAUGUCACCAGCUGAAAUUGAAUAUUUACAGAGUAUGUUCUCUGGUGCUUUAAAUGGAUUUGGUGUUAAGGGAAUGCCACCAGUAAACAUACCAGCAGAAUUACAACCAUUUCUAAUGCCAAAGAAAGAAGAAAAAGUAAAGCCCCAAGAUAAACAACCAAAAGAGGAAGUGCCAAGUAAAGCAGUACAACAGGAGAAAGCACAGGCGAAAGCUGUAUCUGCGAGAAAAUAUAUAUCGCAAUUGCUCUCAUUUCCAAAGGAUAUGUCUAGUUCUCUUAAAAAAUUUAAAGAAGCUGCAUUGGAAUUUUCAAACAUAAUUGGAUUAAACCUUGAAACCAUUAAAAAGUAUUUAACUAGAGUUAAAAACUUCCUUUUGAGAGUGGAUGAAAUUGUGGAUAAAGAAAUAACUAAUAUACUGGAGCAAGGAGGAAGUGGUCAAAAUGUUGCAGCGGCUAAUGAAGAUUUUAUGAAUAAGAUGAAAAGACUAGUAAAUAAAUAUAAAAUAUUGUCCAUUCCAUUUUUCACUGGAAUAAUGGGUUCAUUUGGAUUUUUGGCAUUUGGAGCAGUUAGUACAUCUAUCCUAUCAUCUUGCUUAACCAUAUUUUCCGUAACUUAUUUGGUGUCCAAAAUAGAUAUGAAGGUCAAUAAAGAUAAAAAAAGAAAAAUCUACUCCUUCUAUUUAGACGCGUACAAGAAUAUGUCGUACUUAAGAGAAUAUUUUGAAAGUAUUUACAAGCAGUUCGUAAGGUAG